ACACAUCAUCCAUCUCAUCCAUCUCAUUUAUUUUCAAAGAACAAAAUUGGAUCCAAGCUUACCUGAACCAAAAAGGAAAAUGAUGAACCACCGACUUGUCCUAUCAGUAUCCCUCUGUCUGUGUGCCUUGUUGACUGGGAAUCAUGUCAGUGCCUACACCAAUCCACAAACCCCCAAACGAAAUAAUAAUAAUAAUCAAGUCUUGAAGAAUAAGAAUGCAGUGGCUGCUGCCGCCGCCACCAUGGCGCUGAGUGUGUUGUUGACAACUGCCGAACCCGCCAUGGCUUCUUCCAAAUUAGCCGCGCAGAUUCAAUUAAACAGUAUUCCACCGACAUCCGUCCAAGUGAAUAUUCAAGAUCUGCCCUUGGUGGGAGACCUUCUUUCGGGAACCUACACCAAAGUCAACGCUCCUGUAGCCAAUCCAUCGAUUACCAUUGGAUCUCCCAAAGACAAGAUUGGUGCCAUUAAAAGUGCUGCUACCAAUGGGCAUUUGGAAUUCGAUGUCAAUGGCGUCAUUGGGACCCAUCUGGAUAUUGACGUGUCGGCCGAAGAACCGGGAGUGGCACGAGUACGAGUCGCUUCUCCCUUGAUUCCCCAGUUGCCCUUUAAAAAUCCCGCUGCCGGGGCUCCUACCGUGAGUGGCUCGGAGAGCGAAUGGUUUGUCGUCACCAACAUGGGAAGUGGAGAAUCCUAUUAUUACAAUCAAAAGACGGGAGAUACCACCUACCAGAAACCAAAGGGGAUCUAACUUCAGUAGUAGACUUCUUGGACAGACAGACAGAAAGCAAUUAGCUACCAAUCAGCACCAGCCAAUAUUAUAGAAGAAGAAAAGCGCAAAAGAUAAGCAGAUCGAUUGGAUUAAAAAAAUGCUACUCUUGGAUAGCUUACAUACAUGAUGAGAGGCCACCAAGGCAUGGCAAGCACGUUAUGGAAAAAUGGGGCUGUUUCCAUCUACGCAUAUUCAUGUCUGAUUUCAAACAACAACAAAAAGAAUGACUGGACAAGCAACCCACAAGAACAAGCCAAGGGAGCAUCGUGGUCACGAGCGCCAAAAUGUCACCGUACCAAUCAUCUCAUCUCAUCUUACUCAUUCAUACCAUACAUUACAUGAUUUCGUGUUGCUUCAAAUUACUGUAGACGUUAUUCCGUUUUCCCCCUUCUACACGCAAUACUGCCAGGUAGUAACGUCCUUACUCUGGUGGCAACCAAGACACCUUCUCCACCUUUAACCUGUACCGUAGCGAUCUGGAGUUUAGCUUGAACGACUACUCUGCCGUUGCCUUCAUCAAAGAGCAAGCUCCGAGCCCUUUUCUUCGACUAGCUAGCUACUCUGGAUCUCGGCUGAUGGUAAGCAAAAUGCCUCGUCCACUUGGCCUGUAUGUAUGCUUGGAGGAGUUGCCCUGCGGUUCCUUCACCAAGAGCAAGCUCCAAGCCCUUUUCUUUGGCUAGCUCACGGUACUAGGACUAGUAGAACCCCAAAGCUAGCUAGAUGCAAAGCAGUGAGAUCAAUUUCGGCUGGCUUCCCCGCUACCUGGUAGCUAGCUAGCUAGUACGAGCCAAAUAGAACGAAUACUUCGAUCUUUCGAUUGCCCCGGCCAUUGCUUGCUGGCGUAUCGACCCAACCUGGCUCCAGUGUGAUGCUACACGUAAAGCACGGGUAUAGAACACAAGAAGCAAGCAACUCGUUCUUUUUUAAACUAAAAUAUGCACAGUAUUUUACAG